GUUAGAAAUUAGCAUCAUUCAAACUUAUCAGCACAGUGUCGCGACUCGCGAGUAGUUUGUGGUUUUGAUUAAUAAUUUCUGACUUUUUUUGGCUAAUUUUUGGCUCAAAAAUGAAUUAUUUUCGGAAGUCUGCUAGACCAUUUUCGGAUGGUCCGCCGCUCAUUUGUCAGGGGGUGAGGAUUUUCCCCAUUCCCAGACAUCCAGCUGAGAAAGAUGGCAAACUGAUGGGUCCUCCUGUCCUAAAUGUGAAGCCUGACCAAAAGUUGCCAUCUCUUAUGACGGCCAACAGAGGGCGCAGUGUCCCAAAGGCUCAAAUUGACCGUAUGCGCAUGCGUGCGCCUCCUACCGGGCCUUCAGUAACCGGUCUGGAUGCCUCCAAAGUGUCUCUUCCACUCGUGGAUUGCAUUCCACCGUCCAACAAUAUAAGAAAGCCUGAGCAAAAGUUUAUAUCACACGUGAGGGUCAUCAGAGGGGAAAAGAUUCAAUAUGAAUCAUUUAGUUCCCAUGUGCCUCCGACUGGAUCUUCACCUAUAGGUGCCUCUAAAAUGUCUCUUCCACUCUUUGAUUGCUUCUCACCGUCCAACAUUAUAAGAAUGCCUGAGCAAAAGUUUAUAUCACACGUGAGGGUCAUCAGAGGGGAAAAGAUUCAAUAUGAAUCAUUUCGUUCCCAUGUGCCCCCUAAUGGAUCUUCACCUAUAAGUGUCUCUAAAAUGUCUCUUCCACUCUUUGAUUGCUUCUCACCGUCCAACAUUAUAAGAACGCCUGAGCAAAAGUUGACAUCAAACACGAGGAUCAUCAGAGGGGAAAAGAUUCAACAUGAACCAUUUCUUACCCGUGUGCCCCCUGCUGGAUCUUCACUUAUAGGUGCCUCUAAAACCGAGAAAGAUGGCAAACUGAUGGGUCCUCCUGUCCUAAAUGUGAAGCCUGACCAAAAGUUGCCAUCUCUUACGACGGCCAACAGAGGGCGCAGUGUCCCAAAGGCUCAAUUUGACCGUAAGCGCAUGCGUGCGCCUCCUGCCGGGCCUUCAGCAACCGGUCUGGAUGCCUCCAAAGUGUCUCCUCCACUCUUGGAUUGCGUCCCACCGUACAACAAUAUAAGAAAGCCUGAGCAACAGUUUAUAUCACACGUGAGGGUCAUCAGAGGGGAAAAGAUUCAAUAUGAAUCAUUUCGUUCCCAUGUGCCCCCUACUGGAUCUUCACCUAUAAGUGUCUCUAAAAUGUCUCUUCCACUCUUUGAUUGCUUCUCACCGUCCAACAUUAUAAGAACGCCUGAGCAAAAGUUGACAUCAAACACGAGGAUCAUCAGAGGGGAAAAUAUGCAAUAUGAACCUUUUCUUACCCGUGUGCCCCCUGCUGGAUCUUCACUUAUAGAAGCCCCUAAAAUGUCUCUUCCACUUCUGGGAAGGUUCCCGCCCUCCAGACCUUUGCAACCUCUUCCACCCAUGUCAAUGAAGAGGACUUUCAGUACUGAACAUUCAGACAAACACCUCGAUCUCCUGGAAAAGAACAGCACUGAAUUCUCCAGACUGAACCCAUAAUGGAGGAUCUGAAUUUACAUUUAAAAUUACAUUUGCACCUAACAAUAUUUUUUCAAAUGCACAACGAAAAUAUGAUUAUGGGCAAAAAUUGUGUGUUAUGUACAAAACUGUAUUUUGUAAAUAGUUCUUUUUGUGUGUAAUAAAUAGUGUUAAGACCAA